UAAAAAGAUAAGGAUGAACACUUCUAUUAAAUUCUCUAAUCUGGGUCAGAAAUUUUAAGGCAAUAGUACACCGAGGAUGACUCUGUACGAGGAGUUCAUAUGAUUCAAGAUUGGUGCUUGGAAGAUGGAAGAGACUCCAGCAGAAUUCGCCCUUAUUACAUCCUCCCAGAUAAAACUCAAAAGCCCGAUCAUUGGCACAUAUAUCUAUAUAUCUUUUUGGUUAGUUUGGCAGCUACGUUUUUAAUUUUUCUGACAUUUGUAUUGUUUGGGAAUACGAUGUGGUUGUUGCAGAAUGCAGUUAAGUUGUUUGAUACUCAGUGAUCUCAAGCCAGGAUGGAGCCCUACCAAGAUGAUCCCGACCAGACAUGAACAUCAAACACUAUGCAAAAUCCGAUCCAACCUUGUUGACCGUGAACUCCAACAAGAGACAACACCACCAUGUCAGGCUGCCGGCUAUAUUAAAUUCCACGAAGUUUCUUGGAAGAUGGACCACUGAAAACCAACAAACAAGAAUGGGUAUCGAGAUUCAUUUGAAAAUAAACGAGAAUGGAGGAGCAGCUGAGGUUGAUGCCGAUGCGGCGCCGCCGCCGAUGGUAAUGGGGCUACAGCCCUCAGCUUUGGUGGACCACGUCGCAAGGGUCGAUGGCUCCCUCCUCUCCCGGAUCCCAGGCGAGCCCGGCGGCUCUUUUCCUGUUGAAUCUGCAGAGCUGGAGUUCAUCUUGAGUGAGGUUAAUCAUCACAUUGUUGCAUAUCCCGGAGUUUCGUCGCCAUUAAAGACGAUUGCAGGGGGAAGUGUUGCCAACACUAUCAGAGGUCUCGCCGCAGGUUUUGGGGUUACUUGUGGUAUAAUUGGGGCGUGUGGAGACGAUGAUCAAGGAACCUUCUUUACAGACAAAAUGAAAUCUUCUAAAGUUGAUCUCUCAAGAUUGAGGCCGAAAACAGGGCCAACUGCACAGUGUGUUUGCUUAGUUGAUGAGUUUGGUAAUCGAACUAUGCGGCCUUGUCUCUCUAGCGCUGUCAAAAUUCAGGCAAAUGAAUUGACUGCAGAAGAUUUUACAGCUUCCAAGUGGCUUGUGCUAAGAUAUUCGAUCUUCAAUAUCGAAAUUAUUCGAGCAGCAAUUAAGAUAGCAAAGCAGCAGGGGGUCUCUGUUUCGCUAGAUCUCGCAAGUUUUGAGAUGGUUCGGAAGUUCAGGGCGCCCCUUGUCGAAUUAUUGGAAUCGGGAAAUAUAGACCUCUGUUUUGCCAAUGAGGAUGAAGCUACAGAACUGCUUAGAGCCGAAGACUGUGGAGAUCCCGAGUCUGCUCUUGAAUUUCUGUCGAAACACUGCCGAUGGGCUGUGGUGACAUUAGGGCCCAAAGGAUGCAUCGCAAAGCACGGAAAAGAGGUUGUCCGUGUACCGGCAAUUGGAGAAGCUAAGGUGGCCGAUACCACUGGUGCCGGGGAUCUCUUCGCCGGCGGAUUUCUGUAUGGUUUGGUGAAGGGAUUAUCACUGGAGGAUUGCUGUAAGAUCAGUGUUUGCAGCGGCGGGGCGGUCAUCAGAUCGCUCGGCGGCGAGGUGACGCCGGAGAACUGGCAGUGGAUGUACAGACAAAUGGAGGCACAAGGGCUCCCAAUUCCAGAGGGUGGUGGUGAGUUUGUCUUGUGAAGGACAAAGAUUGUUGGAGACAUUGUUUGAAGCUGAAUCAUAGGCCUCUCUGAUUUUAUUGAUGCCUACAGCUGCUGUAUUUAAAAUUUGUGACUUUUGACUUUACCUAUAUGCACAAGGAUCAUUGCCAUUUGCGGAUA